AUGGCCAAGGAAGACCAAGAGAAGACUUCAUUCAUGGCUGAUUCAGCCAUAUAUUGCUACAAGAUGAUGUCGUUUGGGUUGAAAAAUGUUGAGGCAACCUAUCAAACGCUCAUCAACAAAGUCUUCGCUGAUUUGAUAGGGAAGAACAUUGAGGCUUAUGUUGACGAUAUGGCGGUAAAGAGUCAAAAGGUAGAGCAGCACAUAUCCGACCUUGAGGAAGUGUUUGCCACCCUACAAAAGUAUCGGAUGAAGCUCAACUCAGAGAAGUGUGUAUUCGGUGUGGCUUCGGGAAAAUUUUUGGGUUUCAUGAUCACUCAUCGGGAGAUCGAAGCAAACCCCGAUAAGAUACAGGCCUUGGCCACAAUGGAAUCGCCCAGGACUAAGAAAGAGGUUCAAAAGUUGACAGGUAGGGUAGCAGCCCUAAACAGAUUUAUGACCCCAAGCAGCAGACAGGUGCUUCCCUUUCUUCAAAUCUCUCAAAGAGCCCGGGAACACUUUGUUGUUGUACUUGGCCGUGUCACAAAACGCAGUGAGCGACAUCUUGGUGAAAGAGGUAAACAGAGCCCAGUAGCCUAUUUACUAUUGCUCACUAAUCAGUCUCUGAAACACAUCCUUCAGAGGCCAGACGUCUCAGGACUCACCCGAAGGCCUCGGGGGCCAGAUGGUAGCUCGAGCACUACAACAGAUGCUUCGCAAAUUUUCGUGGAUGGAGCAUCGAACUCCUCGGGCUUGGGUGCCAAGGUCAUCAUCACAAGCCAGAACAUGCUCACAGACAUUCAGUGUGCACUCAGGUUCGAAUUCGAGGCAACCAAUAAUGAAGCAGAGUAUGAGGCUGUCAUCAUAGCCAUGGAACUUGCCAUAAAUCUCGAACUUGAAAGCGUCAACAUCUUUAGUAAUUCCCAGUUGGUGAUUGGCCAGAUUAACGGUACAUUCGAGAAGAAAGACGAGAAAAUGAGCUUGUACUGCUUAAAAGUUCAUGAUCUCCGACGGAGAUUAAAGAGUUGUGAAAUUCUGAAGAUCGAUCCAGAUGACAACUGCAAGGCAGAUGCCUUAUCAAGGCUAGUGUUCAUGAGAGUAGAUAGACUUGAUAGGACAGUACAUGUCAAAUUUUUGACCGAGCCUAGCAUCAAUCCAACCAUUGGGGUCAUGGAUAUUGAUCAUGAGCUGUCAUGGAUGGACCCAAUUGUGGAUUUCAUAACAAAUGGCAAUCUUCCAGAAGAUCCUCGAGCAGCAAGAAGCAUCCAUUCCAAAGCUCCAAGGUAUUGCAUUAUCAAUGGGGUCUUAUUUCGUAGAAGCCUUACACUUCCAUAUCUUAGGUGCCUUAAGCCUUCGAAAUCUUCCCAAGCCCUAGAAGAAGUUCAUGAAGGAAUAUGUGGGAACCAUCAAGGAGCUCGGGCCUUGGCCUUUAAGCUCAUAAGGUAUGGAUAUUACUGGCCUACCAUGAAGAAGGAUGUCGUAGAAUAUGUAAAGAAAUGGGACAAGUGCCAGAGAUUUGGCAAUGUUAUCCACUCUUCUGUCGAGGACCUCACCAAUAUCAGUUGCUCGGCCCCAUUUGAGCAAUGGAAAAUGGAUAUCCUUGGACCGUUUCCGAUAACGAGGGAACAAUUGAAGUUCGUAGUUAUAACAGUUGAGUACUUUACCAAGUGGGUGGAGGCCAAGCCCUUGGUGAUGAUCUCGAAGCCCAAGAUAAGAGCUUUUGUUUGGAGUUCCAUCAUAUGCGGGUUCGAGAUAUCGAAGGCCCAAUCGGAUUAUAUUACAAAACCUCCAAACAAGGAUUGGCUAUGCAAGGGUUCUUGGUCUGACGAAUUGCCCUCCAUACUUUGGACUUACAGAACAUCCCACAGGACUGUCACUGCAGAGACCCUCUUCAUGUUAGCUUUCGGAAUCAAAGCUACCAUUCCCAUUGAAAUAAGGUUACCCAGUCAAAGAAGGCUUGAUCUCGAAGAAACAGGGCGCACCACUGAACAUCUCGACCUCUUGGAAGAAGUUCGUAAUCAGGCAGCCUUAAGAAUGGCUUCUUACCAGGACAGAACAACAAAGUAUUUCAAUAGAAAAGUAAGACCGCGAAGAUUUGGAGCCGGAGAUUUGGUGAUGAGAAAGGCUGAAGCCACUGGUCAUAUUCCGGGAAAACUCGGGCCAGUUUGGGAACGAUCCUUUGAAGUCAUAUGA